AUGGCGACUGGUGCAUUUACAGAAAGCAAACGUGCUGCAAACUUAAGUUUAUCCACCAGCUACGGCAGAACAAUUUUUAUUCAUUGUCAUAGAGUAUGCACGAGUGGAACAGACAAGACGAAAGUCGCAUUUUGCACGGACGUAGAAAAAUCUAUAAUAGUACACAAUUUCGAAAAAAGGGGGUGGGUGCAAGUUGGUCCGGAGGAUGACUGGAAUUUCUAUUGGGCAGUCACGCAAUCCUGCAGGACCAUAUUCAGCGUGGAAACGGGAUACCGGAUGGACGACAAACAAAUGAUUAAUCACUUUCCGAAUCAUUACGAAUUGACGCGAAAGGACCUUCUGGUGAAGAAUAUAAAGAGGUACAGAAAGGAGCUGGAACGGGAGGGGAAUCCUAUCGCGGAAAGGGGCGACUGUCCUGGAAAAUAUCUCUAUUUAGACUUCAUUCCAGUCACCUUUGUUUUACCAGCAGAUUAUAACAUGUUCGUGGAGGAGUACAGAAAGUCGCCUCAGAGCACGUGGAUCAUGAAACCGUGCGGUAAAUCACAGGGAGCCGGUAUAUUCCUGAUCAAUAAACUGAGCAAGCUGAAGAAAUGGUCCAGAGAGGCAAAGAAUCCGUUCAAUCCCAAUUUAACCAAGGAAUCGUACGUUAUAUCCAGGUACAUCGACAAUCCGCUGCUGAUCGGAGGCAAGAAGUUCGACCUCCGAUUGUACGUCCUCAUCGCGUCGUUUCGUCCACUGAAAGCGUAUUUGUUCAAGCUUGGAUUCUGUCGCUUUUGCACGGUCAAAUACGACACCAGCAUACAAGAAUUAGACAACAUGUACAUACACCUUACGAACGUGUCCGUGCAAAAGCAUGGAGAGGAGUAUAACAGCAAGCACGGCGGUAAAUUGAGCGUGCACAAUUUGAGAUUAUACUUGGAGAGCACGCGUGGAAAAGCGGUCACCGAGAAGUUGUUCGCGAACAUCACAUGGUGCAUCGUCCACUCUUUGAAAGCGGUCGCCCCGGUCAUGGCGAACGACCGACACUGCUUCGAGUGUUACGGCUACGACAUUAUCAUCGACAAUGAGCUAAAACCGUGGCUCAUAGAGGUGAACGCGUCCCCGUCGUUGACUUCCACCACGGUGAACGAUCGAAUUCUAAAAUACAAAUUGAUCGACAACAUAAUUUCGAUCGUGGUGCCACCUGACGGUGUGCCCGACGUAAGGUGGAACAAAUGUCCUCAGCCAGAAGCCCUGGGGAACUUCGAGCUGUUGCUGGACGAGGAUUUGUGCGCCCAAGAAGACAAAGACUACUCGUCUGGCAAAUGUCGCGGCUCCUCGAGCAAAUGGAAAUAA